GUCAGUGGUAGAGGGGAGGAGAGGAGGAGGGGAGGAGAGGAGGCGAGGCGGCGGGUUGUUCUGCCGAGGUGGACGUGGCGGGUCCGGCUGAGGGAGCUACAAGUGACGGCCAGCGGAGCCGAACCAUGACCCGGACCCCCCGCAGGUAACGUACCGCUGUCCCCGCCAUGAUCCCCGGCUGCUGUGGAUUUUUCCCCCGUGCUCUGCUUGGUUUUCCUGCUCCGUGUGAGCCGCUCGGCUCUAUCACAGACCCGGACCCGGAGAGUCGGUAUCAUAUUUUCGCGGGCUCGGUGCAGGUUUGGACGCGUUUCUUUUCUUUAAUGCGCCGCUAAACGCAGAAAGAGGCGCAGACAGCGGGGCCGCAGACCCACUCUGCCCCCACCCCCCCUCUCUGCUGUUCCUCUCCCCGCUGCUCUCUCACUUUCUCCCCCAUGCUAACAGCAGCUAGCCCCGCUAGCUAGCUUAGCACUGCCAACGACGUUAGUGAUAAACAAGAUGGCCACUGGCUAGCUGUGCUAGCAGCUAAACAUGGCAUCCUGCCCUGUCUUUGUAUGAGGGAGCCGUGGGUUUAUAGUCUCUCUGUCCUCUGCCAGCUCCACUUAAACCCUCAGACUCAUUAACACUCAACUAAAUGUCCCUGCUCUUCACAGGGACUCUGAGUGUGUGAAAGUGGAGCUGACAGACAAUCAGAUUCCUGCACUCAGUCUGCGUGGCGGACUGAAAAGAUACCUGAGUGUUUGAAGACACCGACAGGUAAACUUCACACUCACAGCGAGGAGCAGAGCCAGGCUGCAGCCCGGGAACAUGCACACACCCGUCCCCAUUCUCAGGGACGAACCGCUUAAGUUUAAUUUUAUUUACCAGUUGAAAGAGAGAGACAUGACUGCAAACUUUUACUCUCUCUCUCUCUCUUUCUGUGUGUGUGUGUGUGUGGCCCCGUUAGCUGCAGAACUAACAGGUAACGGAUGAUGACAGUAACUAAACAUACUUAUUCACUGUGUUGUGUUUGAGCAGCUUUUUGUGUACAUGUACUUUUUAAAGUAAAUGUAAAAUCAUUACUUUUUAUUUUGAGGUUUAUCUUGGAUUCUUGAGGUCAUGAUUUGAUUGAAGAUAUAUUCUCCCAUUUCAGAUUUCAUUUCAGUCUGCAAUGAUUUAUUGUGUUUCUUAAACGUGUUUUAAUCAAAGACUGUUUAUACUAUGGACAACUUAGUUCCGCCUUCCGCCAGUGUACGGAUUUAAAGCCGAAAAGCUCAUCAUCCCAGGCAAAAACUUUGACAAAUGGAGGAUCAGACUUAGAAUGCAGCUUCUUGUCCUCAAAGGCCACUGUAGGCUCUGACCUUUACAUAUCCCCAGACAUUCCCAUUUCUUCACAGUAAACCUGCCCCCUUUUCUUUGGACUUCACAAUUUUUGAAACUGACAGCAAAGUAGUUUUAUCAGAACAGAAUUUUGGUUUCUUCAAACAUAGGCUGUAUUAUUUUUGGGUCCAAACAACCAAAGUUAAAACAAAUUUCUCAAUUUUUCUGCAGCAGACAUCUUCCUCCUGCAGCAGGUAAUCUGUAACAUCAGCAGCAUCAUAGCCUUUAAGUGUGUCAGUGAAAGUAUAGUUUGAUUUUGUCCCUGACAGGCUCAUGUAGUUAUUCUCAGAGUCUGACUGCAUUACAGGAAUGAUACCUGCAGAAAGGAAGCAUUAAGUUAUAAAAGAAGAGGAUUUUAUUGGACAGUAUCACAUUCUACAGACAACAGACUACAUUUGAAUAACAACAAGAGUUUUUCCUGAAAACACAGGUGUCACUGGUCUGCUGCUCCUUUUAUCAGACAGUUUUGUAUGUGAUGUUGUUUUGUGUUGACUCCAACAAGCUGUUUAAUUCACACCUGUCCCCCACGGUCUCUCUGCAGGUUGGUCAGGUGUGGUUGCUGACAUCAGCAGGAAGUUUGUUGGAUUCUCAGAAGAGACGCUCAGGGACACUGCCCCCCUACCUCUAAGCCCCUCCCCCCCUUGGAACGUACAGAUUUCUUCAGAGGAGUAAGGAGAAAGGAGAAGGUGUUGACCCAGUGUAAGGUGAGGAGGGUCAGCUCCGCCCCCCCACCAUGACAGACUUAGAGAGUGAGUGUUUAAGCCUCGGCCUGCCCCCUGAGUGCGGCUCCCCUCCCCCACCUCUGGACUCCUCCCUGCAGGUGGACUGCGGUGCAGGACCCGUCUCCUCGGCCCCGACGCCAACUCUGGCCCUCCUGUCUUCGGACUGCCCCACCCCAACGCUAAGCUCGCUGGCGGCAGAGAUUGCCGAGCCGCUGGUGAUGCUGCCGUGCGUGAAGAGUGAGCCCGAGGAUGGAGACCUGGAGCCCAUCAGGACAGUGGACCUGUCCGAGAUCCAGCCGCUGUCCACCGCUGAGCUGGGCCAGGACCAGAUCAAGAUGGAGAUCAGCGGCCUUGACUACAUCAAAUCGGAGCAUCACGGUCACCAUGGCAACCACCACCUGGACCACUUUCACCAUGGUGAUGUCGCAGAGCUGGACUACAAGUCGCACUACGAGCCCAGCUCAGUUUUCGACUACAUCUCCCAGGUAAGCAUCGACCUUUACACUUCAGCCUCUACAACCCUGACCCCACGAGAGUCUGGAAACCUUCAAAAUAUAAACUGAAAGUGUGAUUUUAGGGGUUUGUAAAUCACUAAGAACUGAAAAAUGUUUAUGUGAGAUUCAGAUUUUAUAUUUGAUGUUUGUAAAAUGUUGUUAGAGGAACUACCAAGCAGGUAAAAAGUUGUGAGAAAAACAGCUGGAGGAACAUCUCUUGGCUAUUAACAGGAGCGAGUAUAAAAAGGAUAGAUCAUAGAGGCUGAAUCUCUAUAGGGAGAAGUUCACUAUUCUGUGAGAGAAUGUGAGGUAAUGGUCCAAUAAUUUCAGAAUAAUGUUCCUGAGAGUAAAAUGUCAAAGAAUUAAUUUCAUUUACGGUUCAUAAUAUCAUUAAAAUAUUCAGAGAUCUCUGUACAAAGGAACAAAAAACAAAACCAAUACUGGAUGUUCCUGAUCCUGAGGUCCUCAGGCAGCACUGCAUUAAAACCAGACAGGACUCUGUAGUGGAAAUCACUGCGUGGGAUGAAAAUCACUUUAAAAACCAUUGUCAGUGAACACAUUUCAACACUGCAUCCACAAAUGCAGGUCUGUGUGGAUAUAAAAAUAACCAAUAAACACCAGAGAAACAAUGCCCCCCUUAUUUUUCAUGUGUCUGAGCAUACACACAAACUCCCCGAUAACUCCUGAGAGCAACGUCAGACUAAGAUCAAAACCUGAGAUCAUAAGGAGUCACAGGGCUUAUUAAAAGAAUCAAAUUACAACAGUAAUAGGUUUAAGUGAUUCGGCUCACCUUGAAUAAAAAAGACAAAGAUCUUGUUUUUCAUAAACUGUGUACUUGUCUGUCCGGGUGAGGGGUCCUGCUCUGGUCUGGGUGAGGGGUCCUGCUCUGGAAAAGUUAAGACAUGUACACCUUUCAUCAAUCUGAUUUUGUUCGCAUUAAAACAGUCACAUUUUGCACAAUGAGAUGUGUGCUGUAACACGUGUGAUACAGUGAAAAUUUCUGUAACUCUUCGUCUGUAAAAAAAUAUAUAAUUACAGAUUUUUUAUUCGCAUUUCUGCCACUCAUGAUCUAGUAACAGCGUGUAAUGAUUAAUAUCCCCAAAAUAUUAAUAAAGGACUCUAGAAUCAGCACAAAUCUGAUCAAGGACUAACAUUUCACCUCAUUUUUCCUGUCUGUCCUUCUCACUUCUUCAGUGGUUGUAGACUUUGUCCUGGUUGCUGGCUCUGUCUGCUUCUUGCUUUGACUUUCAAAGCUCAGUAUUUGUAUUCUAUUUUGUUGAUAUUUAUUAUAUUCUUGUUGUCUUUAUUUUGGUCUAUUGAUGCUCACUUCAGAUAAUGUGAAAAAAGCCUUAAAAAUUCUGAAACUCUGUCACCUUUUAAUUUCUUUUUUUUUUUUAAGUUUAACCCUCAUUCUCUUUUGGAGUUUCUCUUCAUGUCUCCUGAAACAGUCCUGGUAGGUGUGCUGUCAUAAACAGAGCUGCUGAUCUGUAUGUAGUGUGAUUAUUCAGUGAAUCUGACCUUCUGUGUGAAUGUGUCUGAUAUCUGGUGAAUAUAACCCGUAUUGAUGGACUUACCUAAAUUAAAUCAGGUCUGAUUUCUUCAGCUUCAAACUGAUCCUGGUAGAAGAUCUGAUCCUGCCGAGGAUCAUUCUUAAGAUCUUAAGAUCAUUAACUGACUCAGUAAAUCCUUUUAAACAGAGAGCAGCUUACAGCUUAGUUAGCUAACCUCGUACAAACCAAACAGAGAGUGAUGAUGGACUCUGACAGAGCAGGAGAACCAGGUGAACUCUGAGGCUUCUCUGUGGACUUUGAUCACAUCAUGGUUCAGUUUCUGAACAGUUCAAAUGUUUGAGCAGGACAGCGUACAUCUUCUACUUCCUGUUUCUGAAUCUCCCGACGGUGCAGAGGCUGACUGUUUUCUUUGUGUUUCAGGUGACGGACACAUUGGAGUACAUCAAGUCAGACCACCAUGUGGACCUGCAAUGUUACUACACAACUGAGCUCGGCUCCCUAAAGUGCGAGUACCCAGAGUCCAACGCCAUGUCGGGCCAUCACAACGGCCUGGAGUCUAUCCACAUGGCAGAGCUCCGCACAGAGCUCAACAAACUGCGGCCUGACGGGCUACUGCUGGACGGCUUGGGGAAAAUGGAGCCUGAGUUUGGAGGGGGGGCACUGUAUGAGCUGCAGCCAGCCCAGGAAGGGAAGACCACAGCCGAUGGAAUGGCAGCGAGUGGGCAGACAGGAAGUCCAGUCCCUAGGACCAAAACCCAGAACCCUACAGUGAGAAAACCCCGGAACAUGCAGGGUGAGAAGCCGUUCUCCUGCACGCAGUGUGGCAAGAACUUCAGCACACUGGGAAACCUCAAGACGCACCAACGCAUCCACACCGGCGAGCGGCCCUACACCUGCUCCCAGUGCGGUAAGAGCUUCGGCCAGGCCGGCAACCUCAAACGCCACCAGCUGAUUCACACGGGCCAGAAGCCAUACGUGUGCGCCCACUGCCCCAAAGGCUUUACCAAGGCUGACGACCUGCGCUCGCACCAGCGGCUGCACACCGGCGAGCGGCCUUUCAUCUGCCUCACCUGCGGGAAAAGUUUCGGCCAAUCCAAGGAGCUGAAGGCUCACCAGCUGAGCCACACCGGCGAGCGGCCGUUCUGCUGCCAGCACUGCGGGAAGAGCUUCACCAAGGAGACCAGCUACAGGAACCACGUGCAGAUCCACACGGGCGAGAAGCCCUUCACCUGCUCGCAGUGCGGAAAGACAUUCAGCAACUCGGGUGUCCUAAAGACACACGAGAAGAUCCACUCCGGCGAGCGGCCGUUCGGCUGCACGCAGUGCGGGAAGAGCUUUGGCCGCCUAGGACACCUGAAGGCUCACCAGCAGAUCCACACAGGCGAGCGGCCAUACGCUUGCCCUCAGUGCGGGAAGACUUUCAGCCAAUCAGGUCACCUCAAAGCUCACGAGCAGAUCCACAAGCGAGAGCGUGUGGACAUGGCGAGCAGCAGCAGCAGCAGCAGCAGCAGUGUUGGCAGCGACAGCAGCUAAAAGCGACUUUAACACCCUUUAACCUCGCGCAAAAAAACAGACACACAAAGUAUUAUUAUCCUCUUUUUUAUGAAAACAUAUAUAAACUUUUCCUUAUCAGCUUUUUACAUUUUCAUACUGUGUGCUCUUUUUACCGGGAAGGACCCAGGACGACUCAUUUGCUCUUAUGCAAGUGUCCCUGUGUGUGUCUAUGUGUGUGUAUCUGUGUGUAUGUGUGUGUGUGUUUAUACUCAGUUAUCUGGUCUGAGUGUAGAGUCCACGUCCCAGGACUAAACUUUGGAGUACUUACUGAUACACAAGCACAAAUACUGCAGUACCCUGUCUGAGUACUUCAUGUUUUUUACUGAAUCAGACCAGCAGCUUCAGACUGACCAGGACCAGGUUCACUGAGAGCAGGACCCUGUUUACUGAGAAACCAGGACCCUGUUCACAGGGAAACCAAGACCCUGUUUAUUGAGAAACCAAGACCCUGUUCACUGAGGGUGUCACAGAGCAGAACCUCACUCAAAGAGUACUUUACUAAGAGUACUUGUACCUGUCUGAGGUAACGGAGAUACUUCAGAGUGAGGCUGUGUGUGUUGAAGAAUCAUGUUUCUGUCUCACAGUAUGAACACACCUGCGCUGUUACCUGCUGUCAUCAGUCAGUUUCUGGCUCGUCUCAAGUUCAGGCGUGUUUUUUUACCUCAAUCAAGUCCAGAACACGAUAAACACAAACAGAUCUGAAGAAUAUUCCGUCUUUUUAACUUCUUGGCUUCAUGUAACUCAGUUUGCUUCCAGUCCGUUACAGGGCGCUGGCAGUAGAAACUGAUAGAGAUUCAGGCUACCUUCACAUGUAAACAGAUAUUUUCAAAAACAGAUGCUUUUCUCUCUGUUUUCAAAAAGAAAAGAAAAAUGGAGAUGCAACAACAGUUGAAAAACGUACAUACACGUGCAAGUCAAAUAGGCGAUAAUAUGUCACCAGUCCGUCAGGUCAAGUGCUAUUAAAGAACACUGUGAGAGUGCAUGUAGAGCACCAGUGAUUAAAAACAGUGUUUGUUAAGCUGUUGAUAAAGUAGUGAAUUAGAAACUACUAAGUGUGAUCUACACUGCUCCAAAAAGGGACCACGAAAUCAAACAUCCCAGGACUCAGUAAAUGAAAUAUCCCUGUUGAAACUCUUUAUUGAUACUAAGUGUGAUUAGUCGAGAACAUCGUAAUGUAACAAUGCAGACUGGAUUCAGAACCACACUUAAAAUCAAAAUGGGAAAAUGAGAUCACAGGCUGAUCCAGCUUCUAUGAGUCUCCUCAAGACGACUCAUAAUGUGGCUCAGUAGUGUGUAUGGCCUCCACAUGCCUGUGUGUGCGCUCUCUACCACAUCUGGUUAGGCUCUAGAUGAGACGACCAGUUGCCUCAGGGCAUUAGUCAGCUCCUCGACAGUCUCUGGUGUGCAGUGGAUGUAAUGAUACACAAUGUCCUGGAGGUGCCAGAUUGGAUUCAAGUCUGGGGAACGGACGGGCCAGCCAAUAGCAUCAAUGCCUCCAUCAUCCAGGAAGUGCUGACACACUCCAGCCACAUGAGGCUAAGCAUUGUCAUGCACAAGAAGGACCCUUGGGCUUGCUGCAUCAGCAUAUGGUCUGACUGGGUCUGAGAAACCUCAUAGAAGCAGGGUACCUAUGGCUUGUACAUGAGGGUCCCCCCCCAAAGGAUAUGCCUCCCCAGACCAUCACCUGUACAACCCCUCCUAAGUAGAGGUGAUCUUGCUAAAUGCCUCUUCUAUCCACCUGCUGUCUCUCCUAUUUGCAGAAUAGCAGGGAAACAGAGUCAUAACCAUUAUUCCGACUGUCUGGGAGUUAAACUGAUAAAUGUGUUCCCUCGUUUUUAGUUGAGCACGCCUGUUCGGCAGUCUUAACACGGGAGAACAGAGGUUUCCCUGACAGCACUGUGCUGAUGUUAACCGACCAAUAUCUCCCCAUCUUGGCCCCGUGUGCAUUUGAUAGCAUUGACUUCAACUGCUGUCAAUUUGCUGUCCACUUAACAAUGACUAACUGAGCGAGUCAUAGUUCAAGAAGCAGAGAGUUGAUGAUUUAGACAAAUUAUGUUCCUCAAGCGUUUGUAAAAAUCAUGGUGAUGGACUUAAUGCCAAGUUAAGGUGCUAUGAUGUAGAACAUAGUGGUUUGUUUGGUUUAAUGGCUUGUUACCUCAAAGUACAGAGCAGAAGUAACCUGUAGCUGAGGGGAACAGACCUGGGGCCCGCCAUCAUGGCGUAUGAACAAUCACAUCCACAACAAUCACCAUGUAAAAGCCGAGGUUAUCAAGUCAGUGUUUCCCCAAACCUCAGUUUUUUAUUUUCAAUGACUUGAAACUUAAAGUAAAUUUUAGACCAAAAAACAGACGGAGAAAUGUUUUUUUUUUGUAAAACAUCUACAUGCAUGUGUAAAUGGAUGUUAGAGUUAGAGUAUCAGCUGAUUCUUAUUUUAUCUGUCACAGAGCGAGGGUCUGUGGGAGCAGUGUGGUUUGAUUUCUAUCAUGGUUUAGUCAAUCUGAGGUCAUAGGGACUUCAUGGAAAACAGAGACGUGUUACAUGGAACUUGUCUUGGGUUAAAUCCAGUCGGUUCCAUGUUUGUGAAAGUGAAAAUAAGUUCAGUGUUUUUAAAACCAAAUCAGGUUUCUAAUCAGUCUGAGAUGAUGUUCAGUUCCAGGACUACAUUCAUCUGAUCCACUAAGAGUUCAGAGAGCUUUAACUUACAGCAACGUUUUGCGGUAACACUGGUUUAUAAGCUACACACACUGAGCAGACAGUGGAGGAAGUUUAGACAACUCAAAGGUUUAGUUACUUUAAAAGCUGAGACGGAUUCAGGCGUGCAGGUGAUGGUCUUAAAAUUUCAGAAUGCCAAUAACAAUUUAACCUCAAACAUGAAUGUGAGCGCUUAAUUUACGUCUAAUUGUAGUCAUUUCUUUGAAGAGUGUUUUUGCAGCCUGAUACUCUACAUGAUGUCUAAAUUUGAAGAUCUUUUUGUACUCUGCUCUUUUUAUAGAAUGAACUUCACAUCUGCUGCAGGUGUUUCUGGUGAACAGGGUCCUGGUUUCCUCUCUUUUCUUUUUGAAGUACUGAAAGUACUUCUUAAUCUCUGCCAAGCAUAUGUGGGUACUUAUUUUGGAGUACCUGCUGCCAGUUUACAAUAUCUCUGACAGGUGUGGGUACCUGCAGGUGUACACUCUGUUACUGUACUGUCAAAGCUAUGAUAUCAUUUUGAUACUUUCUAUGGACCAGUACUGAUUGAUUGAUGAAUAACUGAUCAGGAUGCAUUGAUCUUUUUUUGUUGUUGAUGAUAAUCUGCUGAUGACAUUCCUUCAAAUCAUUCCAGUCACAUGAUGAACUCCAACAGGACCAAAUCCAUCAUCAUCCCUUUUCCCUCAGAUCGAUCGCUCACUGUGUACAAAUCUUCUAUUGAUAAUGUCAUUCCUAAAAAAAAAUAAUGAAUAAAAUGAUAAAAAAAAUAAACAUACUGCAGCAAAAAAAGAGCAAAGUGAUGCAGCAUCUUGUACUGGAAACAAAAUUAUUAAAGAAACUAAUGAAACAUCUG